AUGGCCCGCCAGGGCGCCGCCGCGCUGGCGCUGGCCCUCGCUCUCCUGGCGAUGGCCUGGACCAGGACCCAGGCCUUCGUUCCUGAGGACGCGGGUUACGACGUGCAGGAGACCUGGAGCCGGGAGCCCUACUAUGCGCACCCGGAAUCGGUGUCCGAGCCCUUUUCACCGCCGCCGCCCGCGGGGACCAGGGAGGAGGCGCGCGAGCCGCCCGCGCCCGGGCCACCUAAGAAGGCGACCAAGCCCAAGAAAGGGCCCAAGAAGGAGAAGCUGGCUCCGGAGACGCUGCCGCCAGGUAAACACAGCAACAGAAAAGGCGCGAGAACCAAGAGCUUCAAGAAGGCUGCCAGUGAUGGUCAGAGCACCCGCGCGGCCCAGGAGGAUGUCAGAGAGAGUUGCCCACCUCUUGGACUGGAAACUCUGAAGAUCACUGACUUCCAGCUCCAUGCAUCCACAGUGAAGCGCUACGGCCUGGGUGCACAUCGCGGGAGACUCAACAUCCAGGCAGGUAUAAAUGAAAAUGACUUUUAUGAUGGGGCAUGGUGCGCAGGAAGGAACGACCUUCAUCAGUGGAUUGAAGUGGAUGCCAGGCGGCUGACCAAAUUCACUGGUGUCAUCACGCAAGGAAGGAACUCGCUGUGGCUGAGUGACUGGGUAACAUCCUACAAGGUGAUGGUGAGCAAUGACAGCCAUACAUGGGUCACUGUUAAGAAUGGAUCAGGAGACAUGAUAUUUGAAGGGAACACUGAGAAGGAGAUCCCAGUUCUCAAUGAGCUGCCCGUUCCCAUGGUGGCCCGCUACAUCCGCAUAAACCCGCAGUCCUGGUGGGACAACGGGAGCAUCUGUAUGCGGAUGGAAAUCCUGGGCUGCCCACUACCAGAUCCUAAUAACUACUACCACAGGCGGAAUGAGAUGACCACCACCGAUGACCUGGAUUUCAAGCACCACAACUACAAGGAGAUGCGACAGUUGAUGAAGGUUGUGAAUGAAAUGUGUCCCAAUAUCACCAGAAUUUACAACAUCGGCAAAAGCCACCAAGGCCUGAAGCUGUAUGCUGUGGAGAUCUCAGACAACCCCGGGGAGCACGAAGUCGGGGAGCCCGAGUUCCACUACAUCGCCGGGGCCCACGGCAACGAGGUUUUGGGCCGUGAGCUGAUGCUUCUGCUGAUGCAGUUCUUGUGCCAGGAGUACUUGGCCCAGAACGCGCGCGUCGUCCACCUGGUCGAGGAGACCCGCAUUCACAUCCUGCCUUCCCUCAAUCCUGAUGGCUACGAGAAGGCUUACGAAGGGGGCUCGGAGCUGGGCGGCUGGUCCCUGGGGCGCUGGACCCAUGAGGGGAUCGACAUCAACAACAACUUCCCUGACUUGAACACGCUGCUCUGGGAAGCAGAGGACCGGCACAACGUCCCACGGAGAGUUCCCAAUCACCACAUUGCCAUCCCUGAGUGGUUUCUGUCAGAAAAUGCCACGGUGGCCGUGGAGACCAGGGCAGUCAUCGCGUGGAUGGAAAAGAUUCCCUUUGUGUUGGGCGGAAACCUGCAGGGCGGGGAGCUGGUGGUGGCAUACCCCUACGACAUGGUGCGGUCGCUGUGGAAGACCCAGGAGCACACCCCCACCCCCGAUGACCACGUGUUCCGCUGGCUAGCCUACUCGUAUGCCUCCACUCACCGCCUCAUGACAGACGCGCGUAGGAGGGUCUGCCACACGGAAGACUUCCAGAAGGAAGACGGGACGGUCAACGGGGCUUCUUGGCACACGGUCGCUGGAAGUCUCAAUGAUUUCAGCUACCUUCACACAAAUUGCUUUGAGCUGUCCAUCUACGUGGGCUGUGACAAGUACCCGCACGAGAGCGAGCUGCCCGAGGAGUGGGAGAACAACCGCGAAUCCCUGAUCGUGUUCAUGGAGCAGGUUCAUCGUGGCAUCAAAGGCAUAGUGAGAGAUCCACACGGGAAAGGAAUUCCAAAUGCCAUCAUCUCCGUAGAAGGUGUUAACCACGAUAUCCGAACAGCCAGCGAUGGGGAUUACUGGCGCCUUCUGAACCCGGGAGAGUAUGUGGUCACUGCGAGGGCGGAAGGCUUCACUGCGUCCACCAAGAACUGUAUGGUGGGCUAUGACAUGGGGGCCACUCGCUGUGACUUCAUACUCAGCAAAACCAACCUGGCCAGAAUUCGGGAGAUCAUGGAGAAGUUUGGCAAGCAGCCCGUCAGCCUGCCAGCCAGACGGCUGAAGCUACGAGGGCGCAAGAGGCGACAGUGGGGGUGAGCCGGUCGACACUCGAGACAGCCCGGCUGUGCAACUCCAAACCAGCCGCCGCCGUAGUUCCACGCUGACUCCAUAGCUCACUCUUGUUUUCUCUGUAAUCCAAGAAAUGCCCAGGAGAAGGUGUACGUUGCAAGACUGCUCCCUAAGGGUCAGGCUGAAGGCUGGAGAUGUUUUCUUUGCCCUUUAUCCAAAUAAUUUGGGCAGAGCAGCAGAGAGGCCGGAAGGAGUGAGAGAAUUCAGAAGCCCACC